UGAGAAUCGAAAUAAAGUCAAAUGCUGAAAGCAUUAAAAACAAAGGCUGACGAAACGGUUUUCAUGAAGUGGACUAUUCCUCCAUCGCUCCUAACAAAACAGAUCAAUGACAAUUUGAAAGAAUCUAUUGCCAAAGAUAAUUCAGAGAGUAUUUCACUGUCUAAACUCAAUGCUGAAGAAGGGAAUGAUGAUUUAAAUAAGAAGAAUGAUUGUACAGACAGGAAUGAAACAAAUUUAUUGAAAAAAAAAUUUAGUUCUAUGGAGAACUUGAAUCAAAACUGCAAAAUACAUGAUAAAAGGUAUAGAUACCCUCCUUUUGUAUGUGGAGACGAACUAUUGUACAAUGGUCAGUUAUCUAGAAUUAUGUCACAAAAAGCUGAAAAGUAUCUUCGCAAAUGGUUAACAGCUGCUCACCCACCAGAACGUAUAGCCACUCUCAAGAUUAUACAUAAGCUCACUCAAGAGACAAAUAAACAAGAUCAGUAUAGUGAACGUCAAAUCCAAGAACUCUUGAAGAAUACUGUGAAAAGCGAUUGGAAUCUAGGCACAGCUCCACAUCCAAUAUUUUCUCGUGGCAAUGGUUCAACUCAUCUGAAACACUUGAAUCUAUUGACGCAAAACGAAAGGCGAGAUCAUUGGAUGUACUGCAGUUGGCACCAUCUGCCACCUUAUACAGUUCCGAAAGAUUUGGUAAAAUAUGACUAUCCUGGAUCUCACUACUUACGUUUAGUGAGUAGACAACCAAAAGAUUAUGUUAUACAUCCUGAUAUAGGUUAAUAAAACUGAACACUUGUGUGGAAUAAUACAUCUAAAUGCAAAUCUUCUUUUCUGUAAAAAGAAUAUAAGAAGGGAUUUUAGACUCUAUAAUAUAUUUGAAUAAACCGAAACAGUUGCUUGUAUAAACUUGUAUUUCAUUUAGUUUAGUAAUGAUACUCUGUAAAGUGUAAUCAAACAAUUUUCUGC